AUGAGUCUGCAGCCCGGAGUGCGAGUGUCCGUCGCUGCUAGAGGACCAGGGCUCCCGCCUGUCCCGCACCACGCGGACCCCGCGCCUCCUGGGCAGCCCAGAGCCUCGCCCACUCCAGUCCCCACCUCUCCACCCUUGGCCAUCAAGAACGGCAGCUCCUGGCACGUCCUGGGAGGACCCCGGGCGCAGGAGAGGAAGGGCGGCAGGCGCAGGGGGACCGGGAAGGCAGCAUGCGCCCGCCCGGAGCAGCCUCGGCGCCCGCGGUCUGAGCGGCAGCCCCAGGUCGCCAUUGUGAGCCGCCGUCCCCCCCGGGUCCCCGUCCGCGCCGCGAUGGGGCACCUGCCCCCGAGGACGCGCGGCGGCCGCCGCCUCCUGCCUCUGCUCGGGCUCUUUGUGCUGCUCAAGAAUGCUACAACUUUCCAUGUAACUGUCCAAGACGAUAAUAGCAUCAUCAUUUCUUUAGAAGCUUCGGAUGUCAUCAGUCCAGCAUCUGUGUAUGUCGUGAAGAUAACUGGUGAAUCCAAAAAUUAUUUCUUUGAAUUUGAGGAAUUCAACAGCACUUUGCCUCCUCCUGUUAUCUUUAAAGCCAGUUAUCAUGGCCUUUAUUAUAUAAUCACUUUGGUAGUGGUGAAUGGAAAUGUGGUUACCAAGCCAUCCAGAUCAAUCACGGUGUUGACAAAACCUCUACCUGUAACCAGUGUUUCAAUAUAUGACUAUAAACCUUCUCCUGAAACAGGAGUUCUGUUUGAAAUUCAUUAUCCAGAAAAAUAUAAUGUUUUCACAAGAGUCAACAUAAGCUACUGGGAAGGUAAAGACUUCCGGACAAUGCUAUACAAAGAUUUCUUUAAAGGAAAAACAGUAUUUAAUCACUGGCUUCCAGGAAUAUGUUAUAGUAAUAUCACCUUCCAGCUAGUAUCUGAGGCAAGUUUUAAUAGAAGUACCCUCGUGGAGUCCAGUGAUGUUAGUCAUGAACCCAAACAGCAUAGAACUGCCCCUUAUCCACCUCGAAACAUUUCUGUCCGCAUUGUAAACUUGAACAAAAACAACUGGGAAGAACAGAGUGGCAGUUUCCCAGAUGAAUCAUUCAUGAGAUCACGAGAUACAAUCGGAAAGGACAAACUCUUCCAUUUUACAGAUGAAACUCCAGAAAUUCCCUCUGGCAACAUUUCUUCUGGUUGGCCUGAUUUGAACAGCAGUGACUAUGAAACUACGUCCCAGCCAUACUGGUGGGACAGUGCGUCUGCAACUCCUGAAAGUGAAGAUGAAUUUGUCAGUGUACUUCCCACGGAAUACGAAAAUAACAAUACACUCAGCGAGACUGAGAAGUCAGCAUCAGGCGCUUUCUCUUCUUUCCCUGUGCAAAUGAUAUUGAGCUGGUUACCACCAAAACCACCCACUGCCUUUGAUGGGUUCCAUAUUCAUAUAGAAAGAGAAGAGAAUUUUACUGAAUAUUUGACAGUGGAUGAAGAAACGCAUGAAUUUGUUGCAGAACUGAAGGAGCCUGGGAAAUACAAGUUAUCUGUGACAACCUUCAGUUCCUCGGGAUCGUGUGAAACUCGAAAAAGUCAGUCCGCAAAAUCACUCAGCUUUUAUAUUAGUCCUUCAGGAGAGUGGAUUGAAGAGUUGACUGAGAAGCCCCAGCAUGUGACCGUGCAUGUUUUAAGCUCAACCACUGCCUUGAUGUCCUGGACAUCUUCCCAAGAGAACUACAACAGCACCGUUGUUUCUGUGGUGUCGCUGACCUGCCAGAAACAGAAGGAGAGCCAGAGGCUUGAAAAGCAGUACUGCACCCAGGUGAACUCGAGCAAAGCUAUUAUUGAAAACCUGGUUCCUGGUGCCCAGUAUCAGGUUGUGAUGUACCUAAGAAAAGGCCCUUUGAUUGGACCACCUUCAGAUCCUGUGACGUUUUCCAUUGUUCCUACUGGAAUAAAGGAUCUAAUGCUCUAUCCCUUGGGCCCUACAGCAGUGGUUCUGAGCUGGACCAGACCUUACUUAGGAGUGUUCAGAAAAUAUGUGGUUGAAAUGUUUUAUUUCAACCCUGCAACGAUGACAUCAGAGUGGACGACCUACUAUGAAAUAGCAGCGACUGUCUCCUUAACUGCAUCAGUGAGAAUAGCGAAUCUGUUGCCGGCGUGGUACUACAACUUUCGGGUUACCAUGGUGACGUGGGGAGAUCCAGAAUUGAGCUGCUGUGACAGUUCCACCAUAAGCUUCAUAACAGCCCCAGUGGCUCCAGAAAUCACUUCUGUGGAAUAUUUCAACAGUCUGUUAUACAUCAGUUGGACAUAUGGGGAUGACACAACUGACCUGUCCCAUUCUAGAAUGCUACACUGGAUGGUUGUUGCAGAAGGAAAGAAGAAAAUUAAAAAGAGUGUAACACGCAAUGUCAUGACUGCAAUUCUCAGUUUGCCUCCAGGAGACAUCUACAACCUCUCAGUAACUGCUUGCACCGAAAGAGGAAGUAAUACCUCUUUGCUCCACCUUGUCAAGCUAGAACCAGCUCCUCCCAAGUCACUCUUUGCAGUGAACAAAACUCAGACUUCAGUGACUUUGCUGUGGGUGGAAGAGGGAGUGGCUGAUUUCUUUGAAGUCUUCUGUCAGCAAGUUGGCUCCAGUCGGGAAACCAAACUCCAGGAACCAAUUGCUGUUUCUUCUCAUGUCGUAACCAUCUCCAGCCUCCUUCCUGCCACUGCCUACAACUGUAGUGUCACCAGCUUUAGCCAUGACAGCCCCAGUGUUCCUACAUUCAUAGCCGUCUCAACAAUGGUUGCAGAGAUGAAUCCUAAUGUGGUGGUAAUCUCAGUGCUGGCCAUCCUUAGCACACUCUUAAUCGGACUGCUGCUUGUUACCCUUGUCAUUCUUAGGAAAAAGCAUCUGCAGAUGGCUAGGGAAUGUGGAGCUGGAACAUUUGUCAAUUUUGCAUCCUUGGAGAGAGAUGGAAAGCUUCCAUACAACUGGCGUAGGAGUAUAUUUGCUUUCUUAACCCUGCUACCCUCAUGUCUUUGGACUGAUUAUCUUUUGGCAUUUUAUAUUAAUCCUUGGAGUAAAAACGGUUUAAAGAAGAGGAAACUGACUAACCCGGUUCAACUGGAUGACUUUGAUGCCUACAUCAAGGAUAUGGCCAAAGACUCUGACUAUAAAUUUUCUCUGCAGUUUGAGGAGUUGAAAUUAAUUGGACUGGACAUUCCACACUUUGCUGCUGAUCUUCCACUGAACCGAUGUAAAAACCGUUACACGAACAUCCUACCAUAUGACUUUAGCCGAGUGAGAUUAGUCUCCAUAAAUGAAGAGGAAGGUGCAGACUACAUCAAUGCCAACUAUAUUCCAGGAUACAACUCACCACAGGAGUACAUUGCCACCCAGGGGCCGCUGCCUGAAACCAGAAAUGACUUCUGGAAGAUGGUCCUACAACAGAAAUCUCAGAUGAUUGUCAUGCUCACUCAGUGUAAUGAGAAGAGGAGGGUGAAAUGUGACCAUUACUGGCCAUUCACAGAAGAACCUAUAGCUUACGGAGACAUCACCGUGGAGAUGAUUUCCGAGGAAGAGCAGGACGACUGGGCCUGUAGACACUUCCGGAUCAACUACGCUGAUGAGAUGCAGGAUGUGAUGCAUUUUAACUAUACUGCGUGGCCUGAUCACGGUGUGCCCACAGCAAAUGCUGCAGAAAGUAUCUUGCAGUUUGUAUACAUGGUCCGACAGCAAGCUACCAAGAGCAAAGGCCCCAUGAUCAUUCACUGCAGUGCUGGAGUGGGACGGACGGGAACAUUCAUUGCCCUGGACAGGCUCUUGCAGCACAUCCGGGAUCAUGAGUUUGUCGACAUUUUAGGGCUGGUGUCAGAAAUGAGGUCAUACCGAAUGUCUAUGGUACAGACAGAGGAGCAGUACAUCUUCAUCCAUCAGUGCGUGCUGCUGAUGUGGACGAAGAAGAAGCAGCAGUUCUGCAUCAGUGAUGUCAUAUAUGAGAAUGUCAGCAAGUCCUAG